AUAACGCAGUUGGCCGUCCGUCACCACCCGCCCCACCGUUAGUGAACCACCCCACCUCGCCCCACUCAAGUAACUGAGUAGCGCAGCGCUUCGUAGUUCGUCGUCCGUCCGUCCGUACUCCGUCCCCGUCCCGUCAAUCGUCAGCACGACGGAAUACGGAUUCGUGGCUGUGUUGUAGAGUGGCAUCGGUAUUGUCGGUGUGCCCAUUCUCCAUACGGCAUAAAGACUCCGUCGCCUUUUGUUACCCUCAUCACUCGUCCGCCGCCGUUCUACGCAUGCGCGGAGUGCAGUCGUAGUAUCGGACGAUUGGGACUUUCAGGACAUUGAGAGUUGAGACUUUUAGAGUUCAUCUUCAGACCGGUUUCGUAGUUGGUACUGGUUAGUUGUCUCUGCUUGACCUGUCGGCUGUCGCUGUCACCAUCAUUCAAUUACAUUAUUCUCGGCUAAUACGACGGGGCGUUUUUUAGUACGUCCCGUCUUCUGUCAUUGUCUCCGCUGACACUGUACCGAUUAUCGCCACAGAGUCACCAUCAAAUCUUCGUCACUGCAAUCGAUUGUAGCUAUCAUCUGUUAACCUUUACUGAUACAACUACACCUCAGAAGUCAUCAACAAAUUAUUCUUGAUUUGAAGAAUUUAUAUUGUUUGUUACUGAACGUUUGUGUCUUCCAAAGAGGUAUUCAUUCACCCAACAAGGCAUGGAUGAAGAUAUGGACUGUCCCCACAUUUCUGAAGCAGCCGAGAAAUUAAAGUUGGAUGUAGAGCAGAUUAGAGCUACACUCAACAAUAGGAGUUGCAAUGUUUGCUUACGAGUAGAUCAAUUAUGGAUAUGUUUGGAGUGUCGACAAAUUCUUUGUGGGCAUAAUGCUGUAGGACACAGUACUGCACAUUAUGAAUUCCACAAAACUCAUUGCAUAUUUAUAAAUAUUGAGUCUGCAGCUAUAUUUUGUUUCAAAUGUAGUUCUGAUGUAGAACCAAAGGACCACGAUAAUGAACUUAACCGUCUUCGACAAUUUAUUUUGUAUAACCGUGGACCAAGUUCAAAUAAUAGUAACAAAAAGAGAAGACGAAAAAAAGCACCUAAAGCUGUUAAACCAAAAAAGACUAGUUUUAAACGAGGUCCUAGAGCUAAUAAAAAAGUUAGUGUACCUAACAAUGAAAAUGACUGUUAUAUGAAUACAGUUACUCAAACGCUUUGUGGACAAGAACCUCCAGCUGUUGUACCAAAACUAGCACUUAAAACUGUUGUACCAAAGAAAUCUCUCAAGGCUAAACCUAAAAAACCUUUUUUUAAAAGAGGUCCUAGAACUAAUAAAAAAGUUGGUAUAUCUAAUAGUGGAAACAAUUGUUUUAUGAUUGCGAUUUGGCAAUCGCUUCGUCAUCUAAAGCCAUUUAUAUAUUGCAUGAAAUUGUUCAAACUUUAUGAAAUAUCCAAUAAUAAUUCAGAUCCAAGGUUGCAAGAUUGUAUAGCCCAAGAAAUGUGGAAAUUAAUGGUGACGUUAGUUGACUGGCAAAAACCUGUUGGCUAUAAAUUUAGAGAAGCAAUUUCACCAACUGCUCUUCUACAAAUUGUCUGUAAAAUUAAACCUCGCUACAAAGGAUUUCAUCAACAUGAUGCUCAUGAAUUUUUGAUGUUUACAUUGGAGACUUUACAUUCCGAGCUGAAAGAUGAAAAAAGUAAAUUGUUGUUAGAGGAGGGAGUAACAAAUUUAAACCCCAAUAAAAUUGAUACACUUGUAUCAUUGAUGUUUCGCGGAUUUUUAUUAAAUGAGGUUUACUGUUUAAAUUGCAAUACACCUUCUAGAAAAAGAGAUCCAAUCACAGAUAUUUCACUGGACGUGCCAGAUUACAAAAAUGCAGACCCGUCGAUAUCUCGACCAGUUGAUCUUUUAACUGAUUGCUUAGCGCGUUAUUUUGAGAUAGAAGAACUGAAUGAAAGAAAUUUUUACUUCUGUGACAAAUGUGGAAGCGAACAGAGAUCCACUAAGAGAUUUUGGAUGAAUGCUUUACCUAAUAUACUUUGUAUCCAUCUUAAACGAUUUAGAUGGGAUCAAACUUCUCGUACUAAAGUUCAUACACAUAUUAAAUUUCCUAUGGAAUUAUUAGAUAUGUCUCCAUAUUUUGAUGAUACAAUGAGAAAAGAAUUGGGUGGUGCGGAUACAUAUAUGUUUGAUUUGAUUGCUGUUGUUGUACAUGAUGGAGAAGGGGGAGGAUCUGGACAUUAUACUUCUUAUGCUGUUGAUGAUAAAGACGAUCAAUGGUAUGAAUAUAAUGAUGAAAAAGUGCAUGAAGUUGAUGCAUCUUUGGUAGAAAAUUUGCAAGCUUAUAUGUUAUUUUACAUUAAAAGGGACAUGAAAGUUAACUUUUGUGAUACUGACAGCCAAAAUGAUUAAUUGGACAGCUUUAAUUUUAAUAUAAGUAUCAUCAUUUUUUCUACCUAACUAUAAUAUCCUUUGAUGUUAUAUAAAAGAAUAUCUAUUUAAAAAUAAUUUAAACAGUAUUCUUAUUAUUGUAUGUGUUUUUAUGCUUAAAAUGUCAUCGCUAU